ACGCACGACGCCGCAGCACGAGCAUCUCACGCCAAAUGACGCGAAUGCCAAAUGCCGGUAACGGAGCUGGUGCGCGUCUCGCUUUGCUUUAGUUCGCCGGAGUCAUCCGCCCGCCUCUCAUUCGCGUGUAUGGUUACCGCUCAGCUGACCGUCGCCUGUAUCCGGUUACGUUCUAACUCGCCGCCUGUCAUCGAUUCAUCCUUCUCUGGUUACGCCGACCUCGUGGUCCGUCUCGCGUAUCUCUCGCGAUCGCGGACCCCGAUUUUUGGUCGAAUCCCUCGACAAUGGCCGCGAUCAUGGACCACGAUUACUACGACGGCUUUCGCACCUUCUCCUGGCUCGCGGAUCUCGUCGGGUUACCAAUCGACCAGGUAAAUUUCGUCUUGACACAAUUUACAGCGCUCAUACUAGCCGGAUUAUUAAGAUCGUCUCUGAGCCCUAUUGCUACUACCCCAGCUGCCAGACACGUCUAUGGUCUUGUUAUUGGCCUUGCUCUUGGAUAUUUUUGUUUUGGCAGACAGGCGAUUCAUCUCGCUAGUCUUCCCGCACUAUGUUACGUAGCGAUGCGCACACAAAAUCCCCGCAAUAUGCAAAGGUGAGUAUUGUCUAUUAUAUUCUGCUAUUGUUCUUGUUGUUUUUGUAAUAAAUAUUCUCUUUUAACAGGUCCUCUCAUGGUUAUAACACAGAAAGUAACUAGUCUCGCGUACAGCAUUCACGACGGGUUAACGCGACGCGAAGAGGAGUUGACACCGAUGCAACGUCAUCAGGCUGUACAGAAGAUACCAACUACUUUGGAAUACUUUAGCUACAUUUUUCACUUUCAAGCCCUGAUGGCUGGCCCAGUGAUAUUUUACCGCGAUUACAUCGAUUUUAUACAUGGACAUCAUUUACCUGGCGCAAAAUCCUUGGCUACCUUCUAUGAUAAAAAUAGUCAAGAGAAAGAAAUUGUUCUGGAGCCGUCACCGACUCUGGUUGUCAUAAAGAAAGUCGCGGCGAGUUUAGCAUGCGCCAUUGUAUUCAUUACGUUCAUCUCGGAUUUCCCAAUACAACGUUUAAAAGAGGACGAGUUCCUGGAGAACACGAGUAUAUUUUACAAAGUGUGGUAUUUGAUGCUGACGACUAUGCUCGUGCGCUUCAAAUAUUAUCACGCUUGGUUGUUCGCUGAUGCUAUAUGCAACAAUUCCGGCCUCGGGUUCAGCGGUUACGACGAACGAGGCAAUGCACAAUGGGACUUGGUUUCCAACGUCGACGUUUACAAGUUCGAGACAUCGCUUAAUCUAAGGGACAGCAUCGAAAGUUGGAACAAGGGCACAAAUUUGUGGCUGCGAUCAAUCAUGUACGAACGAGCUGAUCGUAACAAAGUGCUCUAUACGUACGCCCUGUCCGCUCUCUGGCACGGUUUUUACCCUGGCUAUUAUCUCACAUUCGCGAGCGGAGCGUUCUUCACUGUGGCUGCACGUUCAGUCCGUCGUCAUAUCAGGCCAUUGUUCUUGGAGCCUCGACGAAAGAAGACCUUUUACGAUAUAUUAACGUUCAUCACGACAAGGAUCGUAAUGGCCUACAUGACGUUCAGUUUUAUACUGUUAGAAUUUAUGCCAAGCAUUAACAUGUACCUGUACUUGUACCUGCUCCCGCAUUUAUUGGGUUUGAUCGCAAUAAUACUUCCACCCCGUCUGGGACUGUCGCGAAAAGCGCACAAACAGUCAGCUGAGACUGAUCUCUGCGAAGCAGUUAGCAACGGAAACGCACAUAAAACAAUGUAAUCUUCUGAUCGCGAUGUUAACAAAGACAGAUAUUUUUUAUGGAUGUUUUUAAUAAUAUAUAUACAAAUAUAAAUACAUACCUAUAUAUAAUAUUUCUUGUUACAACGCAAUUAUAUAUAUGUGAAAGUCUAUCGACAAUGUGCCGCGUGUGCACAUUACGUUUAUGUAAAGCAUUAUCAAAACUGACGUAUCGUUUUUUUUAUAUGGUAAACAAGAAAAAUUUUAUAAUUCGCCUAAAUAUAUGGUCGUUUUAUCUACGAU